GUCGUCCAAUCACAAAAAAAUCUGAAAGGGGAUUUUUGCUGUAUCUUGGCUCAGAUGGUGUUACUAGGCAGUGGUUAGCACCGGUCCCGAUGUCGGAGGACGAGCGAGCUGAAGGCUCCCGGCGGGCUGAGGCCGGUCUGGAGGCAGCAGAGGUGGACACUGAGCCCAGCAUGCUGCUCCAGAAACUCAAGAAUAACAUCUCUAAGAGUGUACAGACUAAAGUGGAUCAGAUUUUGCAAGAUGUUCAGCGAUUCUCCGACAAUGACAAGCUGUACCUGUACCUCCAGCUGCCCUCGGGACCCAGCUCUGGAGACAAGAGUGGCGGUGAUUCCAGUUCGUUCAACACGGCCGACCAGCUCCACACCUGUAACUGGAUCCGCAGUCACCUGGAGGAGCAUUCAGACACCUGUCUGCCCAAACAGGACGUCUACGAGACCUACAAGCGUCACUGUGAAAACCUGCAGCAUCGUCCUUUGAGCGCCGCCAACUUCGGGAAGAUCAUCAGGGACAUUUUCCCAAACAUUAAGGCCCGGAGGCUCGGUGGCAGAGGACAGUCUAAGUACUGUUACAGCGGCAUCAGGAGGAAGACAGUUUUGAACAUGCCUCUGCUGCCAAAUCUGGACCUGAAGAACGACCCGGCUGAAUUGACUGAGCUGGUCCAGACCUACAAACAGGAAGUGACGGAGGCGGCGUGUGAGCUGAUCUGUGAUUGGGCGCAGAAGAUCCUGAAGCGCUCGUUCGACACGGUGGUGGAGAUCGCACGUUACCUGAUCCAGGAGCACAUCGUCAACCCCCGUUGCAGCCAGGCUGAACUUGUCAGCUCCGCAGCACUUGCAGGAGGUCCAGCUAAACCCUACAAGGUCAUAAAGAAAACACCAGCCAUCUCUAAAUCUGACAGUGAUGCAGCCGCCGAUCAGAAGAAGGAUCACGGAGAUUCGUCUUCGUUAAAGGCUUCAUCUGGAGACCGAGCAGCCAAAGCCUCCUCCCUGGAUGCUCCACCCCCCUCGUCCUCCUCCCUGCGUCCUGCGGUAGGUCGCCGCCUGCAGGUGGAAGCCUUCAUGAAAAAACUACCCACAAUCCUCCCUCGGAGCUCCAUCCCUGAUAAGACCCAGUUGUCAGUCCGCUCUUCUCCACCUUCAUUGGCCCCUAAAGAUGCCUCGGGUGUGGGAGGGGCUUCUGGACCCGGAGGCCCAGCAGCAGCUGCUGCUGCUAGCGGGGGCGGUGUGAAGGUCAUUGCCAUGGCAACGCUGCCUCAGCAACAGGGCGGGCCUGUCCCAGUGAUGAUCCUCCCUCAGGGCUGUCUGUCGUAUGAGAGGGAGAAAGUUGCUCCACCUCCUCCGCCCCAGGCCCCGCCCUCUCAGCAGCAGCAUGCAGUAGCGGCACCCACGUCUGUUGUUCAGAAGGCACGAGGAAAUGCCACCAAGCGCCCCCUGGAGUUGGUGACAUCAGCAUGCAGUUCAGCCACCAACGCUCCACCGGUGAAACGGAAAAGAGGCCGACCACGAAAACCUCGACCUGAAGAUGCCCCACCCCCUCCUCCUCAGCCUCAGCCACCGCCCCCUCCCACCCAUACCCCCAUCAUCACCUCAGUGACAGGCGGCGUCAUCCAAAAGGCCUCCUCCUCUUCCUCGUCUUCGUCCUCCUCAGCCUCACAGCAGGUUCUGGAGCUGGUGAUUCAGGACCAGCCCGGACCUGGUCUGGUGCUGAGCCAGCUCCCGGGCGUGUCGGACCCGGGCUCCCGGCUGGUGGAGCACCGGGGGGUGAUGGUGCAGUGCCAGCCAGGUGGCACACUGGAGGCGGACCACCACGGACGCCCACUGCUGCUGUUCCAGAGUCCAGGGACGCCGGGCUGGGAGCUGGCGGCUUCAGGUCGGACCCCGAUGGUGGAGGUGAUCCAGAAAGCCCCGAGACCACCGAGCAACAGCACCAGCACCGCAUCUGUAGCACAGCUCCACCCUCCUCUUCCUCCUGCUCCGACCUCGGUCCUCCCUCUACCCACGCUGCACCAGGAGCGAGGAGAGGUGGAGAUAACGCUGACGCCGGUUGAGGUUCACGUCAACCCGCCUCCACCUCCCUCCUCCUCUUCGUCUUCUGCGUCUGCUCCCACCAUCUCUGUUGUGGUGAAAACUGAGGAGGAGGAGGAGGUGGAGUCAGGUGACAGGGAGGAACACUAGCCCCGCCCCCGUCUGUACGAGUGCUGCAGGAUGACGUGUUUUUAAAGUUAAACCCUGAGGUUAGCGUCGCUCCGGUUCCCUCAAAUAAAAACAACAGGACUGUGGGUUUUCUCCAUCAGAUUUAGGAUCAAGAAGAAAAUAAACUGUGUCAAAAGUUUAUGAUACAUCAAGAAGUUUAGUAAUGAGGGACUAACAGGUCAGAUCAGACCUCAUACAUUUACUGACUUCUGGGAAAAUGGGAAAAAAUUUGGGUUUUAAUAAGUUAAUAAGAACAUUACAAAAGUAGAAUAACUUAAAACCAGUCUACACACCGUAAACAAAACUAAACAUUACAGAUUCAUUCUCCAUCUUACACACCAUUACAUCUUUAUUCUACAAGAUAAUCUCCACAAAUUAACCCUCUUUCAGGAUCUUUUUAAAGGGAAAUCUACCAAAAGCUGUAAAUGAACUACAUGACAGUGACCAUGCCUCCACCGCUGAGCACCCAAAUAAUGCAGAAAUGUGGGAAAAAUAUGAUGGCAUUGAUAGAAGGAACUGAUGAACACAAUCUCAUCUACUCUUUAGGGAUCAGUGUUUAAUGUCCUCAACAAGGUCUGGAAUUCAGAAACCUGUUGGAAAACACCUAUUUAACAUCACCAUGAAACAGUAGAGUGCUAUUUGUUUUAUGUUUCCUGUAAAAACAUGUCCGGACAGUGGAAGAACGACCAGAAACAACCCAAAACAACCUGUAGCAUUGGAACAGCUCCAAAAACAGCCUAGAAUGAACCAGUCAGUAAGAACCAAUAUGACACAUAACGACCCAAAAGGACCAAAAAUUACUCACAAAGAUCCACGAUGAUUAAAUUACAACUCAGAACAACUUGUAACAACCUAAAAUAACUAGGAAUGGCUCAAAAUGAUCAAAUGACAACCAUAAUGACCCAUAAAGCUCUUUAGCUUGUCGAUGCUUUGCUGUUGACAUUAAAAUUUGAUUGAAUGCAGCAACGACACAAUCCCAAAUGCAGGAUGAAUGGUCUAAAUAAUCUCUACCAUUAAAAACACCACCAAAAUGACCUGUUGCCAUUGAGCCUGUUUACACAACCAUAAAAAUCCGAUAACGGGGUGUAAACGGAUAAUUGUAAUAAUCAUAUCGGACCCUUUUACAGUCACUUAAGUAAUGCGAUAAUUGAAAACCCUGGUUUAGACGCUCCAGUCCAUUAUUGGAUUUCUUUCGGAGAAUGUAUAUAAUGAUGACGGUAAACUCAAAUUUCAUGUCCUCUUCCGCUCACGUUUGAUUAUGUAACUUCUAUUUUCUACGAUUGUAGCUGUUUUUACACAUGUGCAGAUGUAAAAGAACUAAAGAAAUCAGAUUAACCUGUAUAUGUGCAGGAAGAAAUCGGAAUAUUGAGGAGAAAUCCAGGUGCAUUCAUCUGAUUUCUCAUAAUCAGAUUAAUAUGAUAAAGCAUAUCAUAUUAUACUGUUUACAUGAUCAUUUUUAUGGUCUGAUAACUCCAGAUAUUGGUUAAUGAUCGGAGUAUCAGUGUGGAUGUAAAUAGGCUCAGUGUCGGGUGAUGUACUGGAGUAUAGGUUAUGUGUAGAAUAUAUAUAAACAUCAGAUUUUAAGGCGCGUAUUAGCUUCAAACUCCAUCAGUCUGGGUUUAUUUGUGGAUUUUAUGUUGUACAAUGAAACAUGAAUGUGUUUUUUAGCCACAGACGUUACGUCAGAACCAAAAACCCACCAACUUCGACAUGAGGGAACCGGAUGCUAAACUCACUUCCACAGUGCUCUGUCCUCCACAUCUUUUUUUUUUUUUUUUUUUUAAAUCAACAACCACUUCCCCUUCUUUCGCCCCCACUGGUGGAAAUCCCAGAUCGGUGAAGCAGAAAAAAAGCCGAUCGAGGAGGAUAAAUGAAGCCGAUCCCUUCCAUCCUUCCAUUGGUUCCAUUGCACUUAAUGUAAACAGACUUUAACUGCAUGUGACGAGGCCUGAAGCCACGCCUCCUCCUCCUGCUCCUCGGUUUCAUUGGUCGAGCUUGAAGACAGAAGACGACGGAGGAGGUGCGUCAAGUUCUGGGUCGGGCCUCGGUAGGUGGUUCUGUUGGUACUACGGGUCAGAGUCUUGUAAAGGCUCUUCGUGCGAAACAGUGACCUCGAACAGAGCUCGGCCACGAUUCACCUUCAGUUCACGUCAUCAGAAUGCGUGUUGGUCUGCACGUCUGGUCUGUCCGACAGCGAACGGCAAUAAAAACACGGUAAGACUCGACAAAAGGUCCGUCGAACAAAGGCGCUGGACUGAAGGUGAAUGUGCGCUCGGCCCUGCUCCCCUCUGUUCUGAACAGCUUUGGUUCAUUGUGUUUUUACCAGUGUUGGUCAAUAGGUAGACUUAACUGUUCUGUGUGUUUGUACGAACGGAAGAGAGCGAAAGAGGAAGAAAACCCACCACCCAAAAACACAGAAAACAACACGUGUUCAUUGAAGUACACUCAUCUGUGCAGGUAAACUAUCAGGCCGUUGAGAAAACACACUCGCCUCAUGAGUUUUCAUUGAAUUUGGUCAUUAAAUAAUUUAUUAAAGGAUGAUUCAAUUUUUUUUUUUCUGUCUGUGAUCAGUCGGGCUGAGGAUCAAGAACAUACACAAACUGAUCCCCAAAACUACUUAAGAGAAGACUUUUAGAGAAAAAAACAGAUUAUUCUCGUCCCGUCAACUCAAAAUGGCUAUUUUUUUUGCACUCUUUAUGUAACCAAAGAUCCUUAGUUCCACAGAAGCUCAUGAAGCUGCUUAAAAAGCAUUGAAUCCAAUUUAAUCUAAUAUCUCAUUUACAUGUUUUCAGGUUUUAGAACUUAAACCAAACUCUAAAUGUUGUUUUGAGAAGCUCAGAAGUUUCAGUAAAACAAUCAUAAAACAUAGGAAUGUUUUUAAUUAAAGCCUUUUAAAAUGAAGCUAAGUAAUGAAAUGUUCUGUGAAAUCAGUUGAAUUAAUGUGAUAAUAAUUCCUGUUGGAUAAUGUUAAUGGAUCCUGGACAGAAAUCACAGAAAAAGUUGUCAGAAAUGAGUCCUGCUCUGUGUUUUUUCUAAAGCUCUGAUGCAAAUGAUGGCGUUUUAGUGUCAGUGUAGGUUAAAAACAAAACAACACACUAACAACUGAAGGAGACAGGGAAGAAAAACUCACAAAAACAAACAGGAAAAUGUAUAUCAUUUAUAAAUUUAAACUCAGGAUUUUAUAUUCUCAGAAUAUUUGGGUUUUUGUUGUAAAUUAUUUUGUAUGUAAAUCUAAGACACCAGUCUGAGUAUCAAUUUUAAUUGCAAUUUCAGAUAAUCUAUGAUUUUUUUCCCUUGCAAAUAGAUGACUUAAUUUCAGUAAAUGAAUCAAGUCUUCUUGUAAAUAUAUUGGUUUAAAUUUUAGAAUUCUCCCACAAUUUCUUAUUUACCAAAUUUUUUCGUGUAUUUCAGAUUUUAAUCAUGUUUUUUCGCACAUAUCAUAGUUUUGUUCACAUUUUUUUAACCUAUAUUGGCCCUAAUAUGGUGUUGUAGAUAAAUUCACAUAAUAGUAAUAAUAAUAAGCAGGAAAUAUGAUUGUGCAUUUAAAUAAAUAAAAACAGCAGCACAGAAGAUUUGAAAAAAGUCCAACCAUGUUAAAUCUGAUCCGCUUUCAUCCUCAGCUUCUGAAAACAGACAGAACUUUUCUCAAACUUCUGCUUCAUCCAUGUCGAACCAAACCUGAAGAAAAGAUGAUCUGCGUUGUCCAAUGACGGUGAAGUUCGAGGUUCAUUCGUUUACAGUUUGAGAAAAGUCAUGAGCUCAGGCACAAAGAGCAAAGCACAAAGUUACCUGCCAUGUACGUAUCGUCGAACAGCCGCGAACUGUACGAACUGUGGAAACGAGGGAAGGAAUGAGCUUUAGUUGCGCUCAAGUGUUGACUCGUGUUUCCUCGUGACGUCCUGUCGUUGUGUUUGUCCAUGCGUCUUUUGCACUAACUCGUCUGGAACGGCGGCGUGACGUUAUGUGUUCGACAGGUUUCUCUAUUUUUGGUCGUCAUCGCCAGAAAAAACACGACUCAAAGGUGGAAGGAAACCAGACAUUGGUUUAAAAAAUAGUGGCCAAACAGUUUUUAUUUCAGCUCUGGAAAAUUUGUGUUUAUUCUAGAAAAUAUUGACCUUAAAUCCAGUUUAAAAAAACCUGAAUCUAGAAAUGUAAUGCAUUUAUACAAAUAAAGGGGAAAUUCACUAUUUAUAUAAUUAUUAUUAACUAUUUAUUUAAAGUCUGGAAGUUUGUACAGAAGCACAUUAUAUUAGUAAAAAUAUAACUUUAUCUGAAAAUUACAAGAUGUUAUCUAAUUUUAAUGGACUUCACUGUUGUAAAUCUGUCAUGAAACAUGAUAAGUACUGAAAAAAGCAUAAAAACAGUGAAAUAAAAUAGAGGAAUUCCAAUAAAAACAGCCAUGUUGAAUGGAUUCAAAGAGAUUUCAACUAAAUCAUUUGACUACAAAUAAUAAAUAACGUUUAUUUUAUUGGGUUUUAGCUUGUGUUUUACAUCAGGAUUUCUGUGUAAAAAUCUGAUUCAGUGGAUUUUCUGUUGAAAUGACUCAGAGCUUGGUUGAAAUUUCUUUAAAAUGACAACAUUGUUUUAUCAAAAUUGCUAAAUCUUUUCUCAGUAUUUUUGAUUUUUUUCAUAAUUAAUGGACAUGUUUCUUAUAAUUCUGACUAGUAUUUUCUCAUAAAUGCGACUUCUUUUCUCAUUAAGUUGAUUUUUUUUCCUCAUAAUUCAGUUAUGAAAUAUUUUUCAUAAGUGUACAUUUUUUCAUACUUACGGCAUCUUUUCUCUUCUUCAUAACACAAUUUUCCUACUUUUACGGCAUCUUCUUUCAUGGUUUUCACCUUUUUAGAUUUUUUUUGUACUCAUUACAUCAUUUUUCAUACCUGCAUUUUUUUCAUUGUUACAAGAUGUUUUUUUCCUCAUAAUUCUAACAUUUUUAUGAUUUGUGAGGUUGUACGUCUAAUUGAAAGCUUAAUUUUUUCCAGAGCUGUACAAGAUAACUUCACUUCCUCUUUUUCCGUUGUCUUCUUCUUCUUUGGUUUCUUUGUGGCUUCCAGAGUUUCGUCAUGAAAACGUCACGUCGCCGUUAUGUUUCUUUCUGCCAAACGGCCUCCCUCUGCUUCGCGAGGGCGUCUCUUUCUUCUUCGUUGGUGCUACAAAGCGCAGGCUCCGCCCAGGGCCUCCAUCGUGUAGAGAUUUGUAAAAAUCGUUUGUUGAAUCCAGGUGUGAAUCGGGUGUGAGUGUGCGUUGAGUUUCCCUCCGUCCUGCGACAAAGAGAGCUUCAGGUCAGUUAAAGGGACGACAUGGAAAAUAUCCGACUGUUAAAUGGCACAAAUACUCAUCCGUUCUGCUUCAGCGCUAAAUUUAUUCAACUUAAAAUGUCGCUAAUGAUGCGAAUAAGGUUGGGAGGUUUAAUGUCGCCUCAGCUAGAACAUGUUGUGUCCCUUUAACCCUGGAGCCUCAGCUGUUUUUCACACAGAACUGGAACAAGUUGCACUGUUUAACAAGUUAAAAUAGAAAAAAAGUCCUUGUAUGUUAUGGAUUUAUUGUUAUAUGCAUUGAGAAAAUAUAAUGACAAGUAUUUAUGAGUGAUGUAACGUUCUGCUUUUUGCUUGCACUCGAUUAAUCCGACCGAACGGUGUCGGCUUUAUUUUUUAAUCGCAAAAAUCUGGUCAAAAAUUUAAAAAAGUUGUAGUUCGGAAUCAGUGGAUGGUUCAGCAGUAAAAUAAUAAUAAAAAGAGGGAAAUACGGAUUCAAAGUGCAGUAACUGGAGGAGAUGGAAGCAGCAUUUGACUCUGCGAAUGACAUUGACAGCAAAAUAAACGAAAAAUAUUUAAAUACGGAGAGAAAACAGACUCAGAAUAAUGAGACGAAAAAUCGGAUUUAAUGUGUUUUGAUCCACACACACGUCAAGAAGUUCAGUCGCAUGGAAAAUAUUUUACAAACACAUGUUUCACAUUACAUGAAGGUUUUAAAAUUACAAGCGUCAUCAAAUAAUCGCAGUUUUCUUCACAUGAGGUUAUG